CAAACUUGUAGUAUGUACAUUUGAGAAAUGGAUUGGGACCAAUUGGAAUUGAAUCCUAAAGUUAUUGCGGCUAUAAAGAAAGCCAAACUAAAAUCAAUAAAGGAAGUUUUGCACCUUUCUGGGCCAGAUUUACAGAGACUAACAAAACUGUCCAGCAUUGAUGUCCAGCAUUUAUUGAAAACAGUCUCAUUAGCACUAAGGAACAACUGUGUUCUGACAGCACUUCACAUAUAUCAGCACAAAGAGGAAUUCCCAGCACAGCAUAAAAAACUCGGCUUUGGCUGCCCGGUGCUUAACAGACUUUUACGAGGUGGUCUUCCUCUGGUGGGAAUUACAGAGCUUGUUGGACAGAGUUCAGCUGGGAAGACUCAGAUUGGCCUGCAGCUAUCCCUCUGUGUGCAGUACCCCUAUGAGUAUGGAGGCCUAGAAUCAGGUGCGAUCUACAUUUGUACAGAGGAUGUUUUCCCAGACAAGCGUUUGCAACAGCUUAUAGCUCUACAGCAUCAGCUGAGGACAGAUGUUCCACAGGAUGUCAUCAAGAAAAUUAAAUUUGGCAAUUCUAUCUUCAUUGAGCAUGCAGCAGACAUAGACACGUUGUUUGAGUGCAUUACUAAGAAGGCUCCCAUCUUGCUAUCUCGGGGAAUGGUCCGCUUGAUCAUCAUUGAUUCCAUUGCUGCUCUGUUUCGCAGCGAAUUUGGCAUCCAGCAUUCCAUUACAAAAGCCAAAUAUUUACAGACCCUCGGGGCAAAGUUGCACCAACUAAGCAGUGGAUUCCAGAGCCCAGUAUUGUGCAUUAAUCAGGUAACAGAUAGAGUGGAUGAGAGGGCCCCUGCUGGCACUAAUCUGGACGUACUUGCAAGACUUUCUCCAGCCCUUGGAAUAACCUGGUCCAAUCAACUUUUAAUGAGGCUAAUGGUCAGUCGCUUGGCCUGUGAGCUUUCCAGAGAUACACAUGCUGCAGCUACUGGAACUGUUAUUAGAUCACUGAGUAUUAUUUUUGCACCUCAUCUGCCCCAAGCCUGUUGUCACUACAUAGUCAGUGCAGAGGGUGUAAAGGGAGCAGAGUGAGUUAAUACUACAGUCACACCAAUUUAGAAUUGUGGGAGAAGAGAUACCCUCUAUGAAAAUAUUAAUCUGUAGCUUUAUAAAUCUGUAAGUAUAGAUGUAUGUGUGUGUAUAUAUGCCUAUUACUACUAAGCCCAGUUUUCAAAUAAGUUAGUCCAGAGAAUUACAUUGAUCCAUUUUUAUGGAAUGUUUUUUACAAGCUAAUCACAUCUCUCAAUGAGGAUACCCUUGAUAUAAAGUAAAAGUGGGGCUCUGACCCUGGAAGGACUGAGAAUUCACAAUCAAGGCAGAAGCCA